AUGAUCUCAGUUGAAGUUACGAAGGUCUUGAACCAUUUAGAAGCCCCAAAGUUGGUGGUAGUUCAGAGUGAGCUCUUGGUGGCCCUUGGGGACACAACCAUUAUGGAAUGUAAAACUUCUGGGGUCCCUCCACCUCAAGUAAAGUGGUUCAAAGGAGAUCUUGAAUUGAGGCCCUCAGCAUUCCUCAGUAUUGACCCCCUCAUGGGACUUUUGAAGAUUCAAGAAACCCAAGAUCUGGAUGCUGGUGAUUAUACCUGUGUAGCCAUCAAUGAUGCUGGAAGAGCAGCUGGCAGACUAACUCUGGAUGUAGGCUCACCUCCGGUUUUCAUACAAGAGCCUUCUGAUGUGUCCAUGGAAAUUGGCUCCAAUGUGACAUUACCUUGUUAUGUCCAGGGUUAUCCAGAACCAAAGAUCAAAUGGCGAAGACUAGACAACAUGCCAGUUUUCUCAAGACCCUUCUCAGUUAGUUCAGUCAGCCAGCUGAGAACAGGCGCUCUCUUUAUUUCAAAUUUAUGGGCAAGUGAUAAAGGAACGUAUAUCUGUGAAGCUGAAAACCAGUUUGGAAAAAUACAGUCACAGACAACAGUAACGGUAACAGGACUUGUUGCCCCGCUAAUUGGAAUCAGCCCUUCUGUGGCUAAUAUUAUCGAAGGACAGCAGCUAACCCUGCCUUGUACCCUGUUGGCUGGAAAUCCCAUCCCAGAACGGCGAUGGAUGAAGAACUCAGCUAUGUUGGUACAGAAUCCUUACAUAACUGUGCGCAGCGAUGGGAGCCUCCAUAUGGAAAGAGUCCGGCUUCAGGACGGAGGCGAAUAUACUUGUGUGGCCACUAAUGUUGCCGGAACCAAUAACAAAACAACCUCUGUGGCCGUGCAUGUUCUGCCAACCAUUCAGCAUGGACAGCAGAUACUCAGCACAAUUGAGGGCAUUCCAGUCACAUUACCGUGCAAAGCAAGUGGGAUUCCCAAGCCAUCUAUCACCUGGUCAAAGAAAGGAGAGCUGAUUUCAACUGGCAGUGCCAAGUUUUCUGCAGGGGCCGAUGGGAGUCUGUAUGUGGUGUCACCGGGAAGCGAGGAGAGUGGGGAGUACAUCUGUACAGCCACCAACGCAGCUGGCUAUGCCAAGAGAAAAGUGCAGCUGACUGUAUAUGGUGAGAGCCACCCAAGGGAGCUUUGCCUUUGA